UUAGAAAAUAUCUGAUCCUUAUGAAACUCAUGCUGCAAAAACUACAACUUUUACUGCUAAUGAAAAUGUAUCAAGCACCCAUUUAAGACAUAAAAUGUUAAUUUCCAAGGGACCAUGGGCCAAGGAUGGAUCAAACCCAAAAAGGAAAGCAGCCGUGUCCCUCUUGUUGCCCAUUGUUAUACAUACACUAGUAGAUGGGUAUCAACAUUUUCAACUGAAGAUUCCCAAUGGGGAAAUAAUUCCGCAUCCUUGCAAACCAAACUUUCUUUGGAGAGGAGUCGGGCAUGAUAAUUUAAACGGAGGCGGACCGAGAAAUGCAUUUGGCUCAGACUUUGAGAAUAAUGGCCAGAUAUGGAAUUCCACUGUUUGCUUGAUGGAUUCUGACGGUGAUGGUAAAACAAAUGGUAAAGAACUCGGUGACCCAGAUUGCGUGUGGAAGCCUAAAGACAAACCUUCGUUUAUAACUGGACUGUCACACCCAGGCGUCUGUGAACCGAUGGAUAGUCCGGAAUGUGAGGGGAAAAAUAGCUUCAUGAACUGCGAGCUAAACGAAUUCAAAUGUCCUGCCUUGGAAACUGAAAACAGCAAAGAAGUAUCCAUAUUCAACGCAAGACUUACGAACAGUGGAGUACCUCGGAAUAGAGAAACCACUUAUGUAUGUCAGGCAUUUGAGUUUCCACACAAAGAGCAGCAUAUAAUUGCUUUCAAACCUAUUGUAAUUAACCAACAAAUGGUCCACCACAUAACGGUAUUUGGGUGCCGCGGUACAUUUUCAGGGGAUACACGCUGGAGACUGUGUGGGAUGGUACCCAGUCCUCUGUGUCUUGAUAUGAUUGCUGUUUGGUCUUUAGGAAUGUCAGGACACUGCAUGCACAAAGACUGCGGCAUCCCGGUUGGCGGCACCAAAGGUUAUAAAUGGGCAGCGUUACAGAUUCACUGGAAUAACCCACAGCAUUUGCACAAACAAUUCGAUUCAUCUGGCAUUGUGUUUUAUCUCUCGUCAAAACUACGCUCCUUCAACGCUGGAAUCCUAAGCAUCGGGCAGACCGAGCUUGCCAUUCCUGCGGGGAGAGAGGAAUACACAGAAUGGGGAACAUGUGAUGCACAGUGCACGAAACUGAUCAUACAUGACGAUAUCACUGUCGUCUCAGUAUACAAUCACAUGCAUUACCUAGGAAAGGCACAGACUACCGAUCUGAUCAGAAGAACUGGCACGACAGAAAGCAUCCAACAUCUUGCCGAAGAUAAACUCUAUAGCUAUGACGACCCAAAGCUUCAUGAGUUCGAAGACGGCAUAAUUGUGAAAGCUGGUGAUGAACUUAAGACGACAUGUGUGUACAAAUCCACAUCAAGACACAAUGUCACUUACUUCGGAGAUGACACUGAUGAUGAAAUGUGUUUCUCCUUCUUAACAUACUUCCCAGCUGAAAACUCAGAAACAGCCUGUUUGUCACGUGGUAAAGGAAGUCUGUGCAGACAAACAGACGCUGAAGUAUGUGAUCUUGCCAGGUUUGAUAUGUCAGGCCCAGAGAUGCUAACUAUGCUGAAUGAUAUUCAGAGAUUGUGUACGCCGGGAUUGUGCAGGAACGAAUGUCUCGUGUUCGUCAGGGAAUGGCGGAAAGACCCAUGCUAUGAAGAAGUGAAUGGAAACUUACGGAAACAACUUGUUCGUGUUAAGGACUUCGAUUACUACAUUAACACCCUGUUCGCUGCCUUUGAUUCAUGCAAUAUGCAGCUUCUUAUGGAAGAACUUAGCAUACAACUAAGGGAAGAAGGUUGCAAGUUAGCUGGUGACGGAUGGCAAACCCUCAACCAUGCUUCGAAAAGUACAGGACUCAGUGUGUACUUGUGGCUGUCCUUGAUUUUUCUUUUAAUAAGAUUUUAAUACUUUUGACAUGUCAAGUAAGACAUUAGAAGGGGAGUCAUUGAAAAUUUAAGUAGGAAGUGUGGACUAUGAAGAUGUUUUUCUGUUUUCUUUUAAAUGUUGUUACAAUUUAUCUUAAAAGAAAUGGUAUCCAUUCUACUGCCCAAAGAAAUACCACGGUGCCGGGCAUCGCCGAAGUUAUAAAACCUAAAUUGGACACCAGUCUCAUAAAGUAACCUUAUCAUUGGUCAAUUUCAAGAAACAACCAAUCAGUUUCUCGAGUCUUCAAUUAGAACGUUCUCGAAUUGCAGGUUUAUAACUCAGAACCUAUACCGGGUCUUCAUUGUUUUUCUUUCCACUGAUAGGAAUUAAGACUGAUAAUCUUAUGAAACCAACUGACAAAAAUCAAAACAACAUUGAUGUAGACAGUUUUAAUUGCAUUCCAGUACCCUUUAUUUUGGGCAUAUUUAUUUGUUAUCAUAUUUAAGAGCAAAGAAAAACAAACACGGGCAACUCGUGCAUUGACAGUAGUUCAUGCUAUUUGGAAAAAAAUUGGUUUACAAUAAAAAUUAUUUAAGAUAUGGAAUUCAAAUUUAUACCGUUCAAUUAUUUGAGCUCACCCGUCAUGUAGUGACAAGGUGAGCUUUUGUGAUCGCCCCUCGUCCGCCGCGUGUCCGUUCACAAUUUCUUGUGAACAUGAAGGAGACCACAUUUUGCAAUUUCGUUUUUAUCAAACUUGCACUUAACUUGUAUUGGUGUUAUAUCUCGGUUCCUCUUGAAAACAGGCCAGAUCUCAUCAUGGGUUUAAGAGUUACAGCCCCUUAAAGGGCCAAAUUUGCUAUCUGGCUUUUGCAGCAAUAUAGAGACUUCUUUUAUGGUUUGGCUUUGAUACAAACUUACAAAAUAUUUUUACAACAAUAGAUCUUGGAUUCCGUGAUUAAUCUGUCUGAUCCAAUCAUAGGUUACUGAGUUACUGCCCCUGAUUGACCCCCGAAAGAGCCAAAAUUUAUUAAUAUUUACCUUGUGAACUAAUAGACGUGACAUUUUCAUUCGUUUUUAACCACACUAACAUACAAGCCAUAGUAAGAUCUCGAUUCCUUUUGCAAACCGGCUAGAUUCCAUCGUGGGUUCUAGAGUUACUGCCCCUGAAAGAGUAAAUUUUUUUCUAUUUUGGCACUUUCAACCAUACAGAGGUUUCAUUUAGGCUUUGAUUUGACACAAACUAGCAUAGACUAUUUAUCUUGAUGAUUUCUAGGCUAAGUUCGAAACUGGGUCAUGUGGGGACAAAAAACUAGGUCACCAGGUCAGACCAAAGGAAAAUUUUGUUAACACCCUAGCGGCCACAUUUAUGAUCCUAUCUUCAUGAAACUUGGUCAGAAUGUUUAACUUGAUGAUUUCUACUGCGUCAUAUGGGGUCAAAAACUAGGUCACACGGUCAAAUCGAAGGAAAAGCUUGUUAACACUCUUGAGGCCACAGAAUGUUUAUCUUGAUUUUCCUAACCCUAGUUUGGAACUGGGUCAUGUGGGGUCAAAAUCUAGGUCACAACUCAAAUCAAAGGGAAAGCUUUUUAAUACUGUAUAGACCGCAUUUAUGACCCUAUUUCAUAAAACUGGCAGAAUUUUAUUUUGAUGAUUCCAAGGCCAAGUUUAACAGGUGAGCGAUUUAGGGUUACCAUGACCCUCUUUUUUCUUUUGUUCUCCGUUUUGUUCUAUUUUCAGUGUUUAUCAAUUGAAUUAAAAUAAAAUUAAACAUUUUGUCUCAUUUGAGAACAAUCAUUCACCAACUGAUAUAGAACAUGAGGCAACUGCAAUUUGAGAAAAAUAUACAAUACUGUAAUAAUGAACCAUAGGCUACAAAAAGGUGAAAUAUUAUACAGCAUCAAUGUAAAAAAUAGCAAUGUUUACAAUGUACCGGUAAUCAUAAAAGAAGACAGAAAUAUGAAAAAAAUUCACAUUGUCAGGAGAAAUACACAUAAAGUGAUACUUACAAGUAUAUGUUAUUAUAUUUAUGUCUCCCCCAACCACUGGGGGAGACAUACUGUUUUUGCCCAGACCGUCCCAGUAAUUUGACCUAUAAAGUUUAAAUUAAAAUAGAGUAGAUGAUGCCCACUGUUGUUGGGGUCACUUGAUCAAAGGUCAAGGUCACAGGGACAAGAACAUGGAAAAGCAUUUCUAAUCCAUAACUUGAAAAACAUUUGACCCAGAAUGUUGAAAAUUCAUAGGAUGAUUUGACAUGCAGAGUAGAUUACCCCUAUUGAUUUUUGGGUCACUUUAUCAAAGGUCAAGGUCACAGGAGCUAGAACACGGAAAACGGUUUCUGGUUAAUUACUUGAGAGACAUUUGACCCAGAAUGUUGAAACCUCAUAGAAUUGUACAUGCAGAUUAGAUGACCUAAUUGAUAUUGGCCCAUUAUUUCAUAAGUCAAGGUCAUAGGCGCCAUAACAUGAAAGACCGUUUCUGCUACAUAACUUGGGAAGCACUUGACCAAGAACGUUAAAAAUUAAUUGGAUGAUUAGACCUGCUGAGUAAAUGAUCCCUAUUGCUAUUUCAGUCACUAAGGCAACCAUCAGUGUCUCUUUGACUUUCGCUUCUGUCCCCAAUAUUGACUUAUUGCCUAUUACUACUAUGCUUUGAGGGAGACAUGUACUUUUCUACAAAAGCAUCUUCUAGUUUCUCAUUGAUAUUGUAAUAAAUUUCUUUUGCAUUU